GUGGGGCGCUGGGCUUCGAUCUCACCUUGAAUCCGUUUUUUUUUCUUUUUGAGUUGUCCCUCUCGGUACCUAGGUAGUGCUACUACUAUAAGUAGCGAGGCUCGCAUCACGUCUUCGCCAUGGCGCUGUCCCGUCAUCUCCCAAGAAACCCCCUCACAGCGUCCCGUAGAAACGACGAAGAAGCAGAAGCAGCCGGUCAAGAUGAAGGCAUACAUGUACGAUAACCUGCCGGGCGACCAGCGUCUGCCCCACGACUCGGGCCGCCAGGUGACCGCAGAGGACCUGGCCAGCCUCGGCGUGCUCUACCACCGCUUCCCCGAGACGAGCGACGUCGACGCCCUGGCCGCCGAGCGCGGGUACAGGAACCGCGACGAGAUUGUCGUGUCGCCCGAGAAGAUGGGCGACGUGUACGAGGACAAGGUCAAGUCCUUCUUCCACGAGCAUCUGCACGAGGACGAGGAGAUUCGCUACAUCCGCGGCGGCCAGGGCUACUUUGACGUGCGCAACAAGGGCGACGAGUGGGUGCGCAUCCAGCUGGA